CCUCCAAGUUGAAGCUUCCUUAGUAUAUUCCUUGGCCGCCCCACCACACAAACAGUCCUCACACGAGCGCGCACGGCACCACGCGCUAUAUCGUCGCCAAGCCCUAGCUAGCAGCAGGGAGGCAUGCAGAGCGGCGGUGGUGCGACGAUGGAGGACACAGCGGCGGCUGCCAAGGGAGGUGGCGAGGGCGGCGUGGAGGUGGAGGUGGAGGAGGGUCCUCGGUUCCGGCGGGUGUGCGUGUUCUGCGGGAGCAGCUCCGGGAAGCGGAGCAGCUACCGGGACGCCGCCGUCGAGCUCGGCAAGGAGCUGGUAGCUCGUAAGAUGGAUCUGGUGUACGGAGGGGGCAGCCUGGGCCUCAUGGGGGAGGUCUCCGAGGCCGUCCACAACGCCGGCGGCCAUGUCAUCGGCGUCAUACCCACCACUCUCAUGGGCAAGGAGAUCACGGGGGAGACGGUGGGGGAGGUGGUGGCGGUGUCGGGGAUGCACCAGCGCAAGGCGGAGAUGGCGCGCAACGCCGACGCCUUCAUCGCGCUCCCUGGCGGCUACGGCACCCUCGACGAGCUGCUGGAGGUCAUCGCCUGGGCGCAGCUCGGCAUCCACACCAAACCUGUGGGUCUUCUGAACGUGGAGGGGUACUACGACUUCCUGCUGGCCUUCAUCGACAAGGCGGUGGACGACGGCUUCAUCAGGCCUGCCCAGCGCCACAUCUUCGUCAGCGCGCCCCACGCCAGGGACCUCGUCCACAAGCUUGAGGAGUACGCGGCGGUAGAGGAGGAUGACCCGGCGACGCCGAAGCUGCGGUGGGAGAUGGAGCAGGUCGGCUACAGCAAGACGCUCCUCGCCGAGGUCGCUCUUUGAGCCACUCGAUCUACCCUUACUGCAUUGCUGGCCCGAUAGUGGUUUAUUUAGUGACACGUGAAGAUUAGUACGAAUGGAGAAUAUUCCUCUGCCUACAUGCACACGCACGCUUUUUUCUGUUUAAUUAGUUCCUCAACUAUUUAAUUAAGUUGGUUUUACUUGACCUCUCUUGGCAGACGCCUGACGGAGUAGUGUAACCGUCUAGUAGUGUGUGUUUCUAGUUUGAGGUGUGCUCGGAUUA